GGCUCUUCUGUAGGAUGAUUGGAAAAAAAAAACCAUAACUAGUUUUGUGUUGUCUUAGAAUAUUAAUGCAAUUUCGAACUUAAUUAUACCAAUGAAUACAGUUUGCAAGCCACAUAAACUGUUAUAUACAUUUUAAAUGAAUUUAAAAAAUUAUGGACUGUAAAUUUCCAAUAUUUAAACUACUUUAUUUAUUUUACUGCCAUUGGAUUGACAAAUGUGACAUUUUCAUUAACAAUGGAAAUUGAAGUUAUUGAACCUCAGCGUGCUCCUCUUCAUUUCCCAGUUGAUUUAGAUGGAGCACCUACAGAAGUCGCUGAGGUUGUUCAAGCUAUAAAAAAGGUUGCAGAACGAGUGCUAUAUCAUUGGGAUGACUUCCCAAUUGUUUUACCCCCUCCACUCACAGUCAUCACUACUGAAAGUGAUGGAAAUAAGAAGUCAAAACCUCUUAUUGUACGAGAUCUUUUUGUGGCACCUACAUUUGAAGAACUGAAUAUUGUGUCAUUAGAUGCAAAAGGAGAUCCUCAACCUUUGACAAAAAAGCAGUUGCAGAAUGUGAAAGAAAAUGGGACUUUUGAAGUGGAAAGUAUGAAUUUUCCUGGACAAGUUCAUAAAUGGCAAUUGAGUCAGCUAUUACAGAAGGGAGUGCACAAUAUUCAUGACACUCUUUUGCAGGAUAUAGCCCUCUCAGUUCAUUUAAUUGUUGUAACUGCUCGGAAUAGGUUGAUUUCUGAUUUCUUCAGUGUAUCACAGUCUGUACGUGCCUUCAUUCAUGGAUUAGCUAUUUUGUUAGAUGCUUUCAUUGGUGUACCAUCACUCUCUGCAAAGAAUUUAGAGAUUCGAAUACAAGAAGAACGAAGCAAAUAUUUAGUAGCUGAACUUACUGUUCGGCCAAAUUUUGAAGAUGACAUCGACAAUUUGUGCCAAUUUGUUAAACAUCAAAUUCGAAAACAAACUGUGGAAAAAUAUUUAUUUGAGAAUGAAAAAGCUCCACCCUUACCAUAUUUAUUUCAAACACCAAAAGGCCAUGAAAUUGAUUUACGAUUGUUCAACAAAGAAAUUAUUCGCAAAGCUCUUCCAGUUAUUGCAAGUAUUUUAGAAAAAGAAUCAAGAGGUUGGUUUCUUCCAUUUAGAGAAAAAGUAAUUGCUGACUUAAAAAAUAAGAAAAUUUCAGAAGAAGAGCUUGAAAGGCUAGCAAAUAUUUUAAUUUUGGAUGAAUAUUUAAGAAGAGUAUUUGCUGCAAUUUUAUCUCAUCCCCAGAUACAAGAAUUGGGACCAGGAAUAGGUUCUCUGCUUGUAGAACAAGCCCAGGCAGUCAUUUUAAUGCACAGAGCAGUUGAGAAUAUGCAUCGCCGUUUGAAAGAAACUCUUGCACAAUUAAAACGUUGCCUUGAAGAUUUAUAUCCUGUUUUAUCCCGAGUUAAACCUUGGGUUCAAGAGAAAUUAAAGAUUGCUGAAGAAGAUUUUAUUCUGGACCAUCGCUGGGAUGCACAUGAAGAAGCACUUGCUCUAUGUAGGCAAAGCCAUCUAGAACAGACCUCUUAUUUCUUGCAGAGAGAUUUGUCUUUCAUGAGAGAGAGAGAACCUGUUCUUAAACAGGAACUCGGCCGUGUUCGUAAUCCGAAUCGCUCUUUCCAUUGGCGAACACAGAUCUGGUCACCCCACCAUUGGAAUGUCCGAAAAGUAUUUCAAGGAGAGUCGGAAAUAGUACCAACAGUUAUCAGUCGCACUUCUUCAUCUCUUGCUCAACCACGUUCAGAUCCAAAUCAGCCUGUUUAUUUGGUGGAGAAGCAGAGAAUGCAUACUACCACAACAAGAAUUCCAUUUUGGAGAUGGAUUAAUUACUGUUAUCGCACAUAUUCAUGGAUGUGGAAUGCUAUGUUCAUAUUUGGCAUUAUCAUACCUUGGUGCAGCCCAGUUAGUUUGAGAGCAUUAUUUUGCAUUCGUCCUUUCAUACCAGAUUUAGAAAUUAAUCAAAUUGAUGGAACUCUUUAUCCUAGAAAAUCAUCUUUAACUCAUACUUUAUGCUCAAGACUUCUUUUGCUGUGGAGGCAUAUAUCUAAAUCUAGAACUGAAUUUGAAUCUAGGCCUGAUACUGGUUUCAUAGGAAAAGGAUUCAGUCGCCAUUUGAAUCGUCUUUGGAAUUAUUUUAUUAAAGGUGCUCUUGGUACUUUACUGAUUGUCUUCUUUUUCCCGUUGAUUUGUUUUUCUGUAUCAUUCCUUUCACUUUGUGUGGCUGCUUUUGCAGCUGUUUGGGUUCCGGCAGUGACUCUUGUUUUUCAUUUAGUCAUGAUAUUUGUGUAUGACUUUGAUAGCCCUGGUCUUCCAAGAAACAAAGUAUGUAUGGUUGUAGAAGCUCUGCUUUGGCAUAUUUCUGUUUUAGGAGUUCUACAGCCCAUACUUGCUUUGUUGGUGGCUCUUGUCAUUUGUCCUAUAGCUUCACUCAUUGUGUUCUUAGCUGCCAUGAUCCGUUGUUGCUGUAGGCUCAUUUGGGAUGUUGCAAUGUUCCAUUUUCUCAUCAAAAGACGUGGCCGAGUGCCUUCCAGUGAUAGUUGGUUAGUCAAACGUAUUGCAGGACCUGGUCUCUCCAAUGAGCAUUUCUUUCAGAUUGCACCAGAGCAAGCUCUUGCAGCCUUUGAGGCAAAAUUAGAAACUGAAGAAUUGAAUGCGUUCAGAGAAGAAGUUGAACGAAUAAUUUUACUUCCUCAGCAGAUUUACAGAGAAUUUGUUGCCCAGUGUUUUCAUCCAUUCUCUGCUACUUUAUAUAAAGAAGGAGUAUACAGAGAAGUUGAAAAAGAGGCUCAAGAACUUCUAGCUGCUCUGAGAGAUCAAGUAGAUAGGCGAAAGAAAGAGCUUCAAACGGGGCUGAGUGUAAAUGUCAGAUCCAAAGUCAAAUUGACUGCUUCUGAUUUACAGCCAACCCUUCAUGUUGCUACUGUAGUAUUGCAAAGAUUUUUCCCUAUUCAUGUUUUGAAAAGAUUGCAAAUUAAAGAAGAAGACUUUUGGGAUAAAAAAGGACUGUCAUAUAGAGACUGGCCAGGUUUUGCUGCUCAACUCUUUACUGAAGUUUUCUCCAUUGACAUUUUGACACCAUUAGAAGACAGUGAUACACGAUACCGUUUGGAAGCUCAUGGUGUAAAUCUUUCUCGAUAUUCUGAAAUGUUGCAAUCAGUUGCAUUGCAGCCUAAUGUGGAUUUUAGUAGUGUUAUUCAUAUACCGAAAGGAAAAAUACAUGUUCACUCCCCUUAUUUGGAUUUGAACACAUUUAAUCCAGUUAAUAAUACUGUUUCUACGGUAAAGAAGAAGGAAACAAAGAACUCACUACUAAACUAUAAGCAACAGCUCUAUCCUUGGAAGAAAAAGCUGAAACAUACACAUCCAGAGAAAAUUCUUAUUCCCCUACCUCUUCCUCAUCCUGUGCAGAUAGCUAUAAUCAUCUUCAAUCGAGAAAAUGAAGAUCCUAUUCCCAUAGAAACAGAUCUUUGUCAAGAUAUUUUAAAGGCUAUAGCUGAUGGUUCUAAAAGUUCCGCUAUACUUAUGUAUGAGUAUGAGGACAGUCCUGCUGAUGGGCAAAGUGUUGCAACAACUGCAGAUGAGUAUAGAGCUGUAACUUCUGACCUAGAAACCAUGGCUUCUGAAGACCGUUUCAGUCACUCCAGCUUAAGCCGCAGUCAACAAUUAAGUACAGGAGAUAGCAUAGCAGUUAAUCUGGCAUCCACUGAAGAUGUUACUUUGGAGCCCGAGGAUCAAAAAGUGACAUACAGUCACAGCUCAUAUAGCACCACCGUUUAAAGAGGAGUCAGCCUCCUACUUCAUUAAUUCUAGUUAAAUUCAUUUUUUUAUUGCAGUGACUCAUCUUAAGGGAUUCUGUCCCUGGCACAAACGGAGAAACAUUGCCUGCAUAAAUACUGCCAAAAGAAAUAUACAUGCAAUUUUUGCUUCCUUUGCUUGUUGUGGAUGUAAUGUUUGUCAUGUAUUCAUUUCAAAUUUUUACUGAAUUAUCAGUGGUGAUUUUUAAUGUAAGAUGUCAAUAACCAAGAUGCUGGGUAAAAAAGCUGAUGCAAUUUUUCUUAAUAUUUUAGAAUAAGCUUGCUGCUAUAAAGCUACUUGAUUUUAUUUUGGAUAAAGCGGGUGUGACCAUUCUAUAAUAUCAGAAUAUAGUGAUGCCCCUAGCUCAAAUGCUUUCGUAUUUUAAACAUAGAUUGCAUACUUUAUGGGGAUAUACUCAUAUCUAUAUUGCUGGAGUUAAAAUAUUUACUCUCCAUUUGUGUCAAAUGUACAUUUUGAUGUUAUUUUUAUUAUUUUUUUAAAAUUUUUCUUUUAAUAAGUUUAGAAUUUUAUUUAAAUUAAAAAAUCUUUUAUGCAAAGUAUUUUUUGACGAAAAUUAGUUUACCUGUGAAAAAUUAAAAGAAAAAAUAUACCUUUCAUCCUCUUUUAGCUGUUUAUUUUAAAUGUUAGUGUUUAGCAAAUUUGACAUUUGAAUAUUAAUACAUAUUGUUAGACAGCUUAAUGUGAAUAAGUUUAAAUGUGGCAAUUACGAUUUUUUUAAAGAGACAUUAUUUUAUUGUAGUAAUAUAGUGAAUUAAAAUAAGUUAGUAAGAAUUUAAAUAAGCAUAUUUAAUAUCAUGCAUUUAACUUUGAGUCACAUUUUAUUCCGAUUCAUAUUUGUGUUAUAUUUUUAUCUGUAUCUAAAGAUUUUUCAUACCUUUUUAUUGAAAUGCAUUUAUUAGAAUACAUUCAAGGAGACUUCUUUUUCUUUCUUUUUACUUUGUUCUACUUUUGUUUUUCAGUUUAGAAAUAACUGUUCUUGAAGCAAGUGAUGAAAUAUGCAAUGUUUUUAUACAAGUCUUGUUUGUUAUUUUUUAUAUACUUGUAUUUUAGCAAAACUUUUAUGUAUUUUAGUUUAUUUGUAGAAAUUGUAACUUUAAUCUAGUUUCAGAAAUUUUUAUUUACAUAUAUUUACUGAGGUUGUUCAUGCAUUUAGUGACGCUGGUGAUAGUUAUGUAUAUUUCUUGUGUCUAGUGCAUUAUGCUAUAUAAAUAAUCUGUAAAUAUAAUUUGUGUAUAACUCUUACUAAAUAUAGCAGAAGCUGGUCUUCAAAGAUUUUAAAUUUAUGACAUUUGUUUAUUUAAUUUAUAUAUAUUUUUUGUUUGUUUUUCUUGGAUUGUUUAAUUAUCUAUUUACGAUGUGGUUGCAGCAUUUGAUAGAGCUUAUCCGAAUAACACUUAUAUGCUGUAUUUGUAGUAAUAUAAAUUGAUUAAUCAUAUAUUAGCAAUAAAAGUCAGUGUUCAAAGUGUUUAUUAAUUUUUAAACUUAUUUUUCAUGAAUUUGAAUGGAAAAUAUUUCAUAUUAGAUAUUAGAUUUUUUGAGAUUAGAAAGUUUGUGAUUCAAAAGGUAACAGUAAUAGUUAUUCCAUCUAAAAGUUAUAUAAAAUAAAUUUUUGUGCAUUUUACUUAAGUCAUCCAUGAAAGGGUAAAAGGAGAACAAAAAUCUUAUUGAAAUUAAAAUUUUAAAUACUGUUACAAAUGUAAAUCUUCACUUUUCCUUUUUAAAAUGAUAUACAAUAAAAAUGAAGUAAAGGAAAUAUAGGAUCCUAAAUUAGAGAAAAGUUGAUAAAUGCAACAGCAAUAAAAAAAAGGAUGCAAAAAAAAAA